UCAAAUAGUCUACGACAACAGUUUAUUAGUGGAACAACAGUCAAGAAAACAAAGAGCCACCCAAGAAAUAUUUUCCCCCUGACAGCUAAGACAGUGCAAUCCAUUCUUUCAAUAUCUCAGAAGAAGGCAGAAGACCAAGUGUUACUUAAACCAACCCAGCAACCAAACCAAGUGUUCUAGUACCUUUUCUGCCUAAAAUUAAGAGAAAAAAAUAAAAACUUUCUAAUAUUACGACGAGGAGUGAAAGGACAAAAUGCCUGAACCGGAAAAACAAGAAGAGAAAAAAGACGAAGAGAUUCAAGUGCCCAAGAAUGAGGAUUUUUUCGAAUCGAAAACCUUUCGCAUCAUAUCGGUAAUGCUGUAUUUGGGAGGUAUCAGUGGUCUCGGCAUGACAUUGGCCAUGUACUUCAUCUUCAUCUGGGAUUCAAGUAUGCCGCCCAUACCGGAAAUCAAACAUGCACAUCAUGUGGGAUAAAGGAAAAAUAAGUCUGCACCUUAAAACACUACCCUACUCAAAAUGACCGAAAAGAAAUUCCAAAAUUUUAACAGAGAAGAAAAGCCCCGUACAAUGAAAAACUUAGUUGAUGGAUAAUGAUGACAUAGCGCCACCUCCGUUUAAUUGAAACUUUGAUUGAAUUACUUUUUGAUGUGGCGAUUUUGUGUAGUCCAGUCUGUUGUUGUGCUGUUGUAGUCUUUGAAAAAAUUACGAAAAAAAAACCUUAAAACCUUAAAGCCUAAGCAAAAUCAAAUCACAAAAAUAAACAAAUACAUAAUUAGAUUUAAUUACUGAA